AUGGCGUUACAUCGCGAAGCCCCCAGAGGUGGUGGCUUUCUUCCGGAUCAGAUGCUCUCUCCGCCGCCUUCAUCAAUAGCCUCCGGGUCCACAGUCGCAGCAGCGCUGCCGCAUCCGCGAGCACACCCUCUGAAGCCAGGUGGGGCGAAAGAGUCUGCAUUUAUUCGAUUCGUAGACCAGGGGAUACUGAAGAUUGAACGCCGUUAUGCGAAACGUGGUACUAGCAUGGCAGACAAAAACGAAGACGCAUCAUCGCGAGGAUAUGAAAACUUUGAAGAACUUGUGCAGGACGUGGAGAAGCUCUUUGAGUUGAUCUGGGUCUCGGGCACGCCCUCGUUACAGGUCCCCUACCUGCUCACGCUGGCAAGCAUGGUCGAACAGUAUAUAUCUAGCUUUCCCGCUGCGCCGCAGCCAACCUUCAGAUUGCUGGACCGGUUCGACCUGGCCUUUGCGAGCUUGCUACAGGGUCGCCACGUAGAGACAGGGGAGACUCUUCCUGGAUUCGACACCGGCAGACGCGUGACAGGGACCGAGAAAGUACGCAUGAAAAGCAUUGUAGAAAGGACGAGAGGCGUGGUUGCAGAAGUUAUGAGCGGGCACGAUGACGAGGAGGAAGCAAGCCGAGUAGAAGACGUCACUGAUCUGGACACUGCUGACGAGAUGGACAUUGAUGAAUCAAUUGCAGAGAGUGGUGAACAAUUUACCGAUAUCGAGAUGAGUGUCGCAAAGGUUUACGAUAGAACAGUUGUUGAGUUGGGCGACACAAUAGGCAAUACCCCUAUUGGCAUCAUCUCGAACGAUUGA